UGCGGGGCGGGGCGCGGGCGCCCGGGGGCGGAGGAGCCGGGAGGCGGGAGGCGGGAGGCGCCGGGGCCGUUUAAGCGGCCUCCCUCCCGCCCCCAGCCGCCCGGUCUGGCUCCGGCCCUGUCGCGACCCCCGUGCUGGCCCACUCGAGUCGUGCCCCGCCGAGCGGUCCGCGGGGCACGCGGGCGGCCUCCCGAGCAGCCCCAGCCCAUGAGGGCCGCGCGCCCGGCCGCUGGCGCUGACGAGACGGAGCUCCCGGCCCCCGAGGAGGAGCGGAGGAUCAAUGCGGUUCAAGAAUCGAUUCCAGCGGUUCAUGAACCACCGGGCUCCAGCCAAUGGCCGCUACAAACCAACUUGUUAUGAACAUGCUGCUAAUUGUUACACACAUGCAUUCCUCAUCGUUCCGGCCAUUGUGGGCAGCGCCCUCCUCCACCGGCUGUCUGACGACUGCUGGGAGAAGAUAACGGCAUGGAUCUAUGGCAUGGGCCUCUGUGCCCUCUUCAUCGUCUCCACAGUAUUUCACAUCAUAUCCUGGAAAAAGAGUCACCUCAGAACAGUGGAGCAUUGUUUUCACAUGUGUGACAGAAUGGUCAUCUAUUUCUUCAUUGCUGCUUCUUAUGCUCCAUGGUUAAAUCUCCGUGAACUUGGACCCCUGGCAUCUCAUAUGCGUUGGUUUAUCUGGCUCAUGGCAGCUGGAGGAACCAUUUAUGUAUUUCUCUACCAUGAAAAGUAUAAGGUGGUUGAGCUCUUUUUCUAUCUCACAAUGGGGUUUUCACCAGCCCUGGUGGUGACAUCAAUGAAUAACACCGAUGGACUUUACGAACUUGCCUUUGGGGGCUUAAUUUAUUGCGUGGGAGUUGUGUUCUUCAAGAGUGAUGGCAUCAUUCCAUUUGCCCAUGCCAUCUGGCACCUGUUUGUGGCCACGGCAGCUGCGGUGCACUACUAUGCCAUUUGGAAAUAUCUUUACCGAAGCCCUACAGAUUUUAUGCGACAUUUAUGACCAAGUUGUACUAGGUCUCCAAACCAGUAUUAUUUUAAUUAUGGCACUUGGGAGUGGGGUAAGACCUGAACAUUGCACAGAGGGGAAAAAAAAAAAAACAAAGAAGACACUGCACUGACUUUAUAUCUUUUGACUAUAUUUACUGUGAAAGUCUAAAAGCUGUGUUCUGGGAUUCUUCCCCUCACAGCAGAUAAAUAAGGUAGUGAAUUAAUUCUUCAUUCCAUUCCACUAUCAUGAAGGACUCUGCAUAGACUUGGCCAACUGAUGUUUACAAACCCGGAUUUUGUAUUUUCAUUUUACAGAUUUUACUACAUGAUUUUUCUAAAUUACUAGGUCAGGUUGUAAAAGUCAGUGCAAUUACCAAGCUUCCUUUUUAAGAGAAAUUGUUUCUAUCACUUUCCCAUCAGCUACAUAAAGAAUCAUGAACAGAACUUACACUACCUUUACCAUGUUUCAUCUUGGCAUAACAUGGUUAUUUUUUAAAUAGAAACUUUAGUUUUUGUAACUUUUUAGGAAAUAUUUCAUUGAAGUGCAUCUCUGCAGUUCCUCAUUCAUGUGAAUUUUUGCAGGAAAUUUUAAACAUUCCACGAACAAACAUUAUACCUCUUCUGGUCGUUUUAUUAAGCAUGGAGAGAAAUUGCCAAUUUUUAAAAAAAAAAAAACAAAAAAACCACAGUUUUCCAAACUUUUCUGCCAACCUCUGACUCUGAAUUCCGUGCUGCUUUGGGCCAUAUACUUGACCAAGUUUGGUUUACCAGUGAUGGAAAAGUAUUUUGAUAUCAUUAACUUUUUCAGAAGAUCCAGCCUUUUCUCUCUGCCUUUGCCAUGUUUUCUUCGGGGUGUUCUUUCCCCAGUGGUUGAGUGUCCAUAUCUGUAUUCCGAGAGUAUUGUCAUGUUGGCCUUCCACUGAAAACUCCUGAGGAGUAUUAUGAAGUACAGCGGCUAAGUGGUCCUGCCUGUUUGGUGCCUGACAGUUAAGUCAUUGUCACUUAGCUUUCUAUUAUUCAUGUGAUACACAUUUUAGAAUUGUGGAGUUAGAUGCAUAAAUUCACAUUCUGCCUUCCUCCCGCAUCCCCUGAUGUGAUUUUCUUUUUCAUAUAGAAAAAGAUUUAAAGCAUUGUUUGACCGAAGCUCACUUGUCUGUAGUCCACAAGUUAUAAUAUUGGCUCAGUGGAGUGGUAUUUAAUAUAUUGUAUUUGGUUUUUCCCUCAGUGUCUUAUAUUAAGAUUAACCUAUUACUUGCUUUAUUGAUUAAUCUCCUCUUGGUGUUUUAAUGAGUGAAAUAGCCUUGCCUUUAGAUCGGGUACAGAAAUGGCCUGUUUUCUUGUAAUGGGUUUGAUCAUUGUUGGUUUGAUAAUACAUUUGGCUUAUUCAUGUAAUUUUGUACUGAUAAUGGCUUUAAAAGAGGAUUGUGUGUGUGUGUGUGCGCGCGCGCGCAUGCACCUGUGCAUGUGUGUGCCUGUGUGUGUAUGUUUAGAAUUCUCUGAUGAAUUGGUGAAUUAUCAGAGAGUGAGGAAUAGAAGAACUAGCAUUUGCUAGUGAAUUCUUAAAUCGUGUACCCAGUGAAAACACCAACCAGACCACUUUUGUCUGCAUGACUCUGAACAUUUAGAAACCUGUUGUUUUAUUGUAUAUAUUUUACUUUAAUAUAUUAACUUGUGUGGAUUUAUUUAAAGUCUACUCAAAAGUAACACUGUCAAGACCACUAAAAUGUAUGUAAAAAAAGUGUUGUAGACUAGAAUAAAAUUGUUACUUGAAUUUGUC